GAAGGAAAUGUCUAUUAAAAUCGUGGCUUUAUGUGUGUGUAUAUUAAUCUUAAGCAGUCCUGUCAGUGAGGGCAGACGUGGUCGUGGCCGAGGUCGUACCAAGUCUCGUGUGCAGAUAGGUCUGCCCAUAACUGGCAAAUAUCGAGAUCCAGAAUCCGAUCAGUAUUACAAUAAUAACAAUGGAGCCAAAAUUUUACAGGCUUCCCACUUUGAUUAUGAAUAUGUUUUGGGUCAUAAGAUAGCAUUUUUGUGUGUGGCCAAAGGUAAUCCCCGUCCUCAUAUCACUUGGUAUAAAGAUGGCACAGAAAUCUUUCAACAUCUGUAUAUGCAUGUCCACGAAUGGCGCAUUGGCGAUGAUCGUGUCAAAUCGAAAAUCGAAAUUGAUCCUGCCACCCAAAUGGAUGCUGGUUUAUAUGAGUGCACGGCUGAUAAUAUGUAUUCCAUAGAUCGUCGCAGUUUUAAAACAGAUUUUUCAAUUGCUUUCGAUUAAAAUUGUAUGUCACGUUCAUAAUUUGCAUUAAACACAAUUUUUAUGCGGCAGUCUAGGAGGGAAAGUGUGAAGCGGAAUGUUUUUUGUUUUGUGGCAAAGUACAAA